UUAAGCAUAUGAAGGAGCUGAGCCUGAGAGGCAUCGCUGUCCACCACAGUGGCAUUUUACCGUUCAUGAGAGAAGCUGUUGAGCUGCUGUUUCACGAAGGUCUGAUCAAGGCGCUGUUCGCAACGGAAACUUUUGCAAUGGGCGUCAACAUGCCAGCGCGAACCGUCGUUUUCGACAGCCUCAGGAAACAUGACGGAAUGAAUUUCAGAUAUCUGCUUCCUGGCGAGUACACACAGAUGGCGGGAAGGGCUGGCAGACGCGGUCUGGACAGUACGGGGACCGUUAUCAUCGUUUGCAGACCAAUGAUGAAGCCUACCGAUGUGUUGGUUCUGGAAACCAUGAUUCUAUUAGUUUGCGCAGACCUAAAAUUUGACCUGAUCGAUUCGAGGUCUCUGUUUUUUGAUGUUUAUGGCUCGCCGGAUCCGCUUAUUUCUCGAUUUCGUGUCACCUAUAGCAUGGUUUUAAACCUGUUCCAUGCACAGCCGCUAGAGCCAGAACAGAUGUUGCAGAGAAGUUACGUCGAGAACGAUCCCUAUCGCUACCGUUUGCGAAAACUUGACGUUAUUCGGUCAUUGGUCAAGAAGCUGAACAACUUGAAGUUGAAGUUUUCGUGCGAAGCAUGUACAAACGAGCAGCUGCACGAGUUUUACGAAAUCGCUUCCUCCCUGGCCGAAAUGUCAAAAAUGGCCUGUAAAGAUGGCAUCGACGCCUUCUCUCGUAGUAGACGGUCAGGUACUUAAUA